AUGCUCCUCUUUUUGACGACGUUUGAGAGUUUAAGUCCUAAAAAAUCAGGAAACAAAUCGCAAAUCUGCAGAUCGAAAUCCGAUUCAUCAUCAUCUUCUUCUCCGCCUCGAUCGCUCUUCUCAUCGAGCUUGAUCUACGAGUGUGGCCCUCUCUGCAAAUGCCCUCCUGCUUGCUACCUAAGAGUCACGCAGCGAGGGAUCAGGUUCAAGCUCGAGAUCUUCAAAACCGAGUCGAGAGGUUGGGGAGUGAGGUCUCUCAGCUCGAUACCUUCGGGUAGCUUCAUAUGCGAGUACGUCGGCGAGCUUUUGGAGGAUAAAGAAGCCGAGAGAAGAACAGGGAACGACGAGUAUCUCUUUGACAUUGGGAACAAAUACGACAACUCUUUAGCUGAAGGGAUGUCGAAGCUAAUGCCAGGGAUGGAGAAAGAGAAAGAAGAAGAAGAUGGUGGCGAUGGUGGUGAGACCACGGGGUUCACCGUCGACGCCGCGAAGAAAGGGAACAUCGGGAGGUUUAUAAACCAUAGCUGCUCGCCGAAUCUGUAUGCACAGAACGUGUUGUAUGAUCAUGAAGACAAGAGGAUCCCUCACGUGAUGCUGUUUGCGAUGGACAAUAUACCUCCGCUUCAAGAACUCACUUACCAUUAUAAUUACAUGAUCGACCAGGUGCGCGAUGUUAACGGUAAUAUCAAGAAGAAGAUUUGCUACUGUGGUUCUUCUGAGUGUACCGGUAGGCUCUAUUAAUCGAUUACCCUCAAACUUUUUCUCCCCUGGUUUAAACUCAGAUUCUUCAUUGUUUUUAUGUUAUUCAUCAACAGUUUAUGUUAUACCGUAGAAUCUAUAUAAAUUAAUAUACCAUAUAGCAGCAGCUAAGAACAACAAUGGAGCAAUCUUGGUCUCUGUUUUCUCUGUUUUCAAGUAUUGGCGAUCACAAGGAAAGAUCUUUUUUUACCUGAAUGAUACCGACAAGAGGAGAAGAAUGAACAUCGCCAAAUAUGUGAAUCCCAACUGUAGAGAUAGCCAUUGAUAAUGGUCUUAAACUUGGUUUCACAGAAUGUAAACGCACUUAGUUCACAAGAGCCUGAAGAAGAAGAAAGAUAGACGAAAUCUGUUAUGGUAAAUAUAUCUCUUUUUGAUUGGACCUUAACAGAGGAAUACAUAGAAAAAAAAGAGGAAAGAACACGACAGAAACAGAGUAAACGGAAACAAUAAUUGAAAUCAAGACACCAUAAAUGGGUUGCCUUCUACCCCAAGCUUCUUUCUCUCCGGUCCAUUUGGUUUGGUUGUUCUUCAAGUUGGGCUUACGAAGGCUACACAAAAUAUACGUUAGUUUUACUUAUAAUAUAUUUUUUUCAAAUUCAGAACAUUACCGAUCGAGUUAGCUGCUGUGGUGCUUCUUCUUCUUCUGCGUUUGUUUCGGCCAAAAGGACUCGUGUACCACUCUGGUUUGUGUGAGACCAAUAUGUAUCCAAUCGCCAACCCAAACGCAAUACCAGGGACAUAUCCUAUUGCAGCUGCAAUCCAACUGAACACCUCAUCAUCUUCUUCUUCUGGCUUUGGCGUUUCAGACUGUUGCGAUGAAGGCUUGUGGAUAUCUCUGCAAACUUCAUCAAGAGCAGGGCGAAAAGUCCCGAGUUGUUGUCGAAGGAAGAGCAAGGCUGCGUUCGAAACUGAGUGCCUCCUGGUAAUUGACCUACAAGCUGGUUGUGGGAGAAGUUCAUGUACUCAAUGAACGAGAGGUUCCCUAACUCUUGUGGAAUUUCUCCUGAAAGCUUGUUUUGGGAAACAUCUAGUGACUCCAGAGCUGUCAGGUUCCCCAUAGAUGAUGGAAUGUGGCCAGUGAAAGCAUUGUUUGACAAGUUGAGAACGUGAAGCUCUUUGAGUAAGCCGAUGGACUUUGGAAUCUCGCCUUCAAGUUUGUUUCCAGAGAAGUCGAGUGCUGUGUAGAUUUUUAGGAUACGUUUCAGCUCCAAUGCUACACUUUAUUCACCAAAACCAUCGAAUCUUGGUAAUAGCCUAAUUCAUCUCCCAUAUAACGUUCCUUUGACUGAUCUUCAUGAAUACCAAGUGAUGACAUUGAACUCCAGUUCUCAAAAUAAUCAGACGGCAGAGUUCCAUUGAAUUGAUUGUGUGAUAUGUCGAUGAUCUUCAGCUUAAGGAAUAUUCCUUGAUGUAUCGGUCCAUGGAAUGCAUUGGAGCGCAAGACAAGAACUUGCAGGUUUUGUAAAGAACUCAACCAGAACGGAAACGUGUCGUUGAUUCUGUUGCUUUCCACAUUCAGAACUUCAAGAGUGGGGAAAUGGAGCAAAGAUCUUGGAAGCUUUCCCACUAGUUGGUUAUGUCCAAGGUCAAGCGUUCUUAGAACUUUAAAUACAUUCCUCGGAACACCUCCACUAAGAUGGUUCUGAUGUAGGUUCAGAACUGAAAGUCUGCUCUUGAGAUUUCCCAUACAAAGAGGGAUUGAACCAUUGAAUUUGUUGUCUGAUAAAUCUAGAAUGGUUAGAGACUGAAACUCGUAUAUGAGAGAUGGAAUCUCUCCUGUGAAGUUGUUUUUAGAGCCAAACAAGUGCUGCAGGGCAGAGGAUAGUCCAAGUUUCGUUGAACUUUCGAAACCGAUGAAAGUGUUGUUGGAAAGAUUCACGUACUCAAGUUUUGGCAGUGUCCAUAACCAGCCAGGAACUUGACCUUUGAUUUUGUUGUUGGAAAUGUCUAGAGUCUCCAUACGCUGCCGGGUUCUUAGAAGUUCUGGAAAUCCGAUAAUACCGCAGCCUGACAAGUUUAAAUGACGUAUCUUCUGUGAAGGAGAAUCUGAAACUGAAUUGUUUGUGGCUAAAAUAUGGUUCCCUGAGAGAUUUAAUUCUUCGAGCCUCUUGGUACAUGAUGAGAUUGCAUUCAAGUCAAUCGUUGUUGUGGUGUUCAGAUAGGAGAGUUCAAGACUGGAAAGCAACUUGAGAUGCGAGAAGAUAGUGAGAUCAACUGGGCCUUGGGUAUUCCAAUGGGAAAGGUCAAGUAUCUCAAGAUUGACUAAUUUGGAAAUGGAUCUGGGGAUUGGCCCUCUGAAGUUGUUACCGCCAAGAAAUAACCAUAUGGUAUUAGAUGGUGAAGAUAUAUUUCCAAACUCAAGAGUGCCGUUGAGUUGGUUACUUGACAAUGCAAUAGAUGCCAAAGAAGGAAUGUUGAAGAGAGAAGAAGGAACGGUUCCAACCAAAGCGUUCCCCCUUGCGUGAAACAUAUUCAGGUUUGAGAGUGAGCUAAUGUUUGGAGGAAGCGUUCCUGUGAAUUGAUUGGAGCUCAGAAAUAAAGUCGACAGCUUUGUCAAAAAUUAAGUAGUGCAACAGGAAAGUUACCACUAAGCUUAUUGGAUUCUAAUCUUAAUAAGGUCAACUGUUUCAAACUGCCAAAAGAAGAUGGGAUUUCACCAUCGAAACUGUUACCGCUGAGGCGAAGAGAUUCGAGAUGAUAGAGCUUUGUAAUUGAAGAUGGAAUAUGGCUCCUCAACUGAUUACCAGAAAGAUCGAGAGAGGUGAGAUGUGAAAGGUUUCCAAUUGAGGAUGGAAUCUGACCCAAAAAGUGAUUACUAGAAAGAUCGAGAUCAGUGAGACGUGAAAGAUUUUCAAUUGAAGACGGAAUCUGACCCGAGAAUUGAUUAUCAGAAAGAGCAAGAGAGGUGAGAUGUGUAAGAUUUCCAAUUGAAUACGGAAUCUGGCCGGAGAAAUUGUUACUAGAAAGAUACAGAGAGGUGAGAUAUGAAAGAGUUCCAACUGAAUACGGAAUCUGGCCAGAUAAAUUAUUAUUAUAAAGAUAGAGAGAGGUGAGAUGUGUAAGAUUUCCAAUUAAAGAUGGAAUCUGACCAAAAAGAUGAUUAUUAGAAAGGUUGAGAGAGGUGAGAUGAAAAAGGUUUACAAUGGAAUAUGGGAUUUGACCAUGUAAAUCAUUAUAUGAAAGGUCGAGAACUGUUAGAAAAGGAAUGUUUUGAAAGGUAUUCGAAUGAAACCUGCCAUGGAGGCAGCUGCAGCUGAGGUCUAGCUCGAUCACUUUCCCAGACUUGGCAUCGCACGUGAUACCAUCCCAAUAACAACAAUCACUGUUAUUUCCCCAUGACUCCGUCUUCGGAUGAGGCUUUACAUAGCUACCAUUAACAUAACAGUCAUAAGAAAAAGAAGGCUUCCUGAUCUCAAACUCGUUCUUGAACUGGAGAAGUGCAUCCCUUUGUUCAGGAUGACACACAUGUCUAAUAGGAACCGCAGACACGUUUUGAAAAUAAAGUAUGAACGAGAAGAGAAAAGAAAAAGUAAUAUGAAUGGUCCUCAUUGAGUUCCAACAGCCUUUCGUUCUUCUUCUUCAAGCUAAUUUAAUUUCUCUUGAAUAUCAAUAAUAAAGAAGCGAAAGAUGGAAAUGGUGAUAGUAAAACAAGGUUUCAUUCCCCGUCUCUUUAUAUAGAUUUCAUAUAGAGAGUGCUCCAGGUUCACUCAGAUUGACUCACCAUCAAGUCUUUGUACGAAGUGUUAUUCACG